UCCUGAUACAGGACAGUCUGUCAGAAAGAUGCCGAGCAAACCUGCUCCCAUCAAAAAGUCUGCAGCCAAGAAGGUUGCAGAAAAGGCACCUGAGCCUGCUCCAGUGCCUGAACCUGCUCCUGCUCCACCUGCAGAGUCACCGGCUGAGACAGUCCCUGCAGCUGGGGGGGAAGCAGCUCCUGCGGCUCCAGAAGAGGAAACAACUCCAGCUUCUGCUCCUGCUGCUGAAGACAAUGAUUCCGCCGCAGAUGAUCCAGCAAAUGCUGCUCCAGCAGAAGCUGUUGUAGUUGAGGAGCCACCUAAAGCUCCCACGCCUCCUCCCCCUGCAGCUCCCACCAGUGCUCCUCUGGAUGUGUCUGUGGAUGAUGUGAGUGACUGCAGCCUCACCAUUAAGUGGACAACACCAGAGACUGUGGGAGCAUCUGGCUUGAAUGGAUACACUGUUGAGUACUGUAAGGAUGGAGAGACUGAGUGGAUCGUGGCUAACGAGGAACUGACCCCAGCCAACCGCUACUGCAUCAGGAACCUUACAGCGGGCGAUCUGGUGAGAGUCCGCGUGGUGGCCGUAAACCCCGGCGGGCGCAGUGAACCCGGUGUACUCCCUGRGCCCGUGCCAGUCCGCGAGGUUGUUGAUCGACCCAAGAUCCGCUUGCCUCGCGCUCUCAGGUCCCGAUACAUCAAGAAGGUUGGGGAGCAGAUCAACCUGGUCAUCCCAUUCAACGGAAAGCCCAAACCUACAGUGACCUGGCUGAAGGAUGGCCAGCCUUUGGAUGCAAAGCGAGUCAACAUCAGGAGCACUGACAGGGACACCAUCAUGUUCAUUCGCAGUGGUCAGAGGGAGGAUUCUGGUGUUUAUCAGGUCAUGGUUAAAGUGGACAGCUUUGAAGACAAAGCAGACUUUACCCUUCAGAUUGUAGAGCUUCCUGGUCCUCCUACUAGCAUAAAGCUGGUCGAUACAUGGGGCUUCAAUGCUGCUUUGGAAUGGACUCCUCCAAAGGAUAAUGGCAACUCAGAGAUCACUGGAUACACCGUCCAGAAGGCUGAUCAGAAAACAGGGGAAUGGUUCACCGUGCUGGAGCACUAUCACAGACUCUCUGUCACCAUCUCAGACCUCAUCAUGGGCAACUCGUACUCCUUCAGGGUGUUCGCUGAAAACCAAGUGGGCCGGGGCGAGAAGAGCGCUGCCACCAAGAAGACAGCCACAAUCCAGAAAACAGGUAUUGUGUAUAAACCUCCUGAGUACCAGGAACGUGACUUUAAUGAGGCACCCAAGUUUACAACCCCGCUCAUCGACCGUGCAGCCACAGUGGGAUACACAACCAAGCUGCUGUGUUCUGUUCGUGGAAGUCCCAAGCCUAAGAUCGAGUGGUUGAAGAAUCAGAUGAUCAUUGGUGACGACCCCAAGUUUYGUCAGAUUUCUAACCAGGGCAUUUGCUCCCUUGAGAUCCGUAAGCCGUGCAGCUUUGAUGGUGGUGUGUACACCUGCAGAGCCAAGAAUGCCCAGGGAGAAGCCACUGUGUCCUGCAAACUGGAGGUCAAACAGGUUAUUCUUCCAGAGGCCAACAAAUAAAAAGGGGAAAUAAACCAAAAUACCCAAAGUGCCUUUGAAGGAGCAUCAWAAUCCAGGUCUUAUAUUAAAGUUACAGUAAGUGAAUGAAGAAGCUGCAGCUGGCUGGCUGUGCAGAAGUGUGAAAACAAACGAAGGGACAGAAGAGCAGACCUACAUCUCUACAUCUACUGUACCUGUACUCCCACACAUCCUGACUGUCCCAGUCCUGAUCCUGUUUGAAGACACACACCUCAACCAUCUCAGUUUGACAGAUGUGAUAUUUUAGUUGGCGUCUUGUAUAAGGGACUGUAACUGUCACAUGUCCAUUUUUCUGUUUAUGCACUAAGUCAUUCUCUACACAAUAAAACAUCUGUGAAUGCAUUAAUAUGCUCAUGAAAUGACCGUUGAUAAUAAAACUAUAUUUUACUAAAUUCA